GGAAAGAAUAGUUUUCGACUCUUCGUGAAAGAAAAGCUCCAGCAUAGGAUGCCCAUGUUUACAAAAUGUUUGGCAUCAAGAAAACAGCCCUGGCUUCUUUUUCAUACAGACUUGUUCAAGUGAGAGCACUUGCACCUUGCGGAUGCCGUCUGCUUCACCGAUUGCCUAUUGACAAGGACUGGAAAAAAGGGGCUGCAAAAGAGCUGAAAGGUAAAGAUGUGGAGAGCACUUUGACGUGGAGAACUGCCGAGGGCAUUGAGAUAAAACCUGUUUAUACUAAAGAUGAUGUGGCACAUGUUGCCAAGGAGAUACCUGGAGAAUUCCCUUACACCCGAGGACCAUAUUCAACCAUGUACACACACCGGCCGUGGACCAUUAGACAGUAUGCAGGUUUCAGUACAGUUGAAGAAAGCAACAAAUUUUAUCGAGACAACAUUGCUGCUGGCCAACAAGGACUUAGUGUGGCAUUUGAUCUUCCUACACAUAGAGGGUAUGACUCUGACAAUCCUCGAGUGACAGGUGAUGUAGGAAUGGCAGGUGUAGCUAUUGACUCUGUGGAAGAUACUAAGCUUUUGUUUGAUGGCAUUCCUCUAAACAAAAUCUCCACUUCUAUGACUAUGAAUGGUGCUGUACUGCCUAUCAUGGCAAUGUAUGUUGUGGCUGCUGAGGAGCAGGGGGCUAAACAAGAAGAGUUAUCUGGUACUAUACAAAAUGAUAUUCUGAAAGAAUUUAUGGUUCGCAACACUUACAUCUUUCCCCCUGAGCCAUCAAUGCGGAUUGUAGGAGACAUCUUUGAAUACACAUCAAAGUUCAUGCCAAAAUUCAACUCCAUCUCCAUCUCCGGAUAUCACCUACAGGAAGCUGGAGCAGACACAGCUCUUGAGCUGGCUUUCACGGUAGCAGAUGGCUUGGAAUAUGUGAGAACAGGCAUAAAUCGGGGGCUUGAUAUUGAUGACUUUGCUCCACGGCUUUCCUUUUUCUGGGGCAUUGGCAUGAACUUUUAUCUGGAAAUAGCCAAACUGCGGGCAGCACGUCGUUUGUGGGCAUACCUGUUGAAAGAGCAUUUCAAACCCAAGCUGAGCAAGUCACUUCUCCUGCGCUGCCACUGCCAGACUUCAGGAUGGUCUUUGACAGAACAAGAUCCUUACAACAACAUAGUGAGAACAGCUAUAGAAGCUAUGGCAGCAGUGUUUGGAGGCACCCAGUCCCUUCACACAAACUCUUUUGAUGAAGCCUUGGGACUUCCAACACAAUUUAGUGCACGCAUUGCCCGUAACACACAGAUCAUCCUCCAAGAAGAGAGUGGGAUUCCUAAGGUUGCUGAUCCCUGGGGAGGCUCCUAUAUGAUGGAAAGCCUGACAGAAGAAAUAUACGAGGCUGCUUUAAAAAUAGUCAACGAGGUGGAGAGUCUUGGAGGCAUGGCAAAGGCUGUAGCAUCAGGAAUGCCCAAGCUGAGAAUUGAGGAAUGUGCUGCUAAACGCCAAGCUCGUAUUGAUACAAGUCAAGAGGUAAUAGUUGGUGUUAACAAGUAUCGUUUGGCUGAAGAACAGAGAGUAGAUGUACUGUCUAUAGACAACACCAUUGUUCUCCAGAAGCAGAUUGCUCGUCUCAAGAAAGUCAGGGAAACAAGAGAUUCUCACAAGGUUCACACUGCAUUGAAGGCAAUCACUGAAUGUUGUCGCAGUGGGGAUGGAAAUUUGCUAGCAUUAAGCAUUGAGGCUGCUCGAAAACGUGCCACUGUUGGAGAGAUAACUGAUGCUAUGGAGGAGGUUUUUGGACGCCAUGUGGCCUUUGAUCGCUUGGUGAGUGGAGCAUACAAGUCAGAGUUUGGUGAAGACUUUGAGAUCACCCGGGUUAUGAAGAAAGUAGAGGCUUUCCAUGAACGUGAAGGUAGACGUCCCAGAAUUCUUGUGGCAAAGGUUGGACAGGAUGGGCACGACCGUGGUGCCAAGAUCAUAGCCACAGGAUUUGCUGACCUUGGAUUUGAUGUUGACAUUGGACCUCUCUUUGCAACGCCUGUUGAGGCCGCACAGCAGGCUAUUGAUGCAGAUGUUCAUGUUGUUGGAGUGAGCUCUCUUGCUGCUGGACACAGAAUUCUUAUUCCCCAACUGGUUGAGGAGCUCCGAAAAAUGGGACGGGAGGACAUCAUUGUAAUUGCUGGUGGAGUCAUCCCACCCCAGGAUUACGAGGACCUGUACAAAGCAGGUUGUGCUGCUAUUUUUGGACCUGGUACCAGAAUUCCAGAUGCUGCAUACAGAGUUGUUGAACUGAUAAAGGGCAAAAUUAAUAAUGAAAGAAAACAAGAAACUGCUUGAAAGACAGAAAAAACAGUUUCUUGCUUUUAAUUUGAAAUCAGGCUUCUGUGAAUGUUUACUAGUCGCUGAAUUUGGAAUUUGGUGACAAAUAUUUUUUGAUGUGAUAAAUGGGAACCUGUUACUAUACAUGAUUGCUACUGAGAUUGAAGAUAUAUAUAUAUACCAAGACAAUUUUUGCUUUCAGAAUGUUUUCAUGUGUAUUUUCUGAUUCUUUUCUCACUUUUCCUUACUCAUGCUUGUUUGGCUUUGACAUUUCUCAAAUGCUCAUGCGAAAUCAUGCUGGAAGAACACUGUAUUUGAUGUAAACAGUGGUUAUGCAGAGAUUAGUUAACUACACUGGAUAUGCAAGAGUUUGUAUCUUCUUGUAAACAGUGAAAGUACCAGUUGAAGCCAUUUGUGUGAAAUGUGAUGAUGCAAGGACUCUUUUUAUGACCUAACCCUGGGUGGGAAACAGACUUCAGGUGGAUAACUCUUUUGACACAUUAACUUGGGUCAUGAAUAUCUCUGCUGAAGUCUGAAAAUUCAGAUUACAAGAUUACAACUAGAACCAUAAAAGACCACAAUUGCUGGGUUCCUCAAUUGUUCUAUUAUCAUUGCACAACAGUGAUGACUUGAAUACACUUUGGCAUAAUCUGUGUUUAUGUUACACAAUUGAAUGUGGCAAUAUAAACUAAAUUAUUUUUA